AUGCCCACUUCUCCUGGCUCCAAUGGCGUUACUGGUCUGUUCAGGAGCGUCAAGAACAAGUCGACUGGCUCCCACAACGACGACUUCGACAUGGCAGUAGACGGCGAAGAACACAAACCCCAAGCCGAGGCGAAUGGCGUCGAGGCCAACGACUUUGAGCAGGCAUUCGUACGGCGAGGGGGAGAUGAGCAUCAUCGGAAUUCGAGCGACUCAGAGGGCAUAUCGGAGCUGUUGGAAGUCAUAUUUGACAAGCAAGAUGCGCAACGGAGACGAGCCAGCAUGGUGCCUGAAACUGCCGGACGGCCAAAGCAUCAAAGGCAGGCGACAUCAUGCUUCGUGCACUCCUUGCUAGAAGAGAAGACGAGAGCGGGCGACUACUUCGUGAAAGAAGAUACGCUACAUGAGCCUGGGGACAAGCACACUGAGCAUAAUCCAGAGCAAGGCAAUCAUACCCAGUCACGACUGCUUACGAAGAAGCAAUUGUCAGAUAUGGCAUUCGGCAUAAGAGAACUUUCAAAGAAGCUAGGGCAUAUACGCCUUCUCUUGAAGGUCAGGAACGUCUUCUUAUUGACGAAGGCGCACGACAAGACUUUGAUCGGCAAGACGCGAGAGAUAUCAGAAUGGCUGCUCUCGCAACAGAAUGCAGAGGGCAAGGGGUAUAUCGUGUGGGUAGAGGAGACGAUGAAGGACAACAAGACGUUCGAUGCCCAAGGACUAACAUCCAAGGACGAGUCAUAUACGGACCGACUCAAGUACUGGAAUAACGAAAUCUGUGCCAAGAAGCCCCAUCAGUUCGAGAUCUGUCUCGCUCUGGGAGGUGAUGGCACAGUCCUCUAUGCUUCCUGGCUUUUCCAGCGCAUUGUGCCACCAGUAAUGUCUUUCGCUCUUGGAUCUCUAGGCUUCCUUACCAAGUUCGAUUUCGAGAAGUUCGAGAAGACACUACCUCGAGCUUUUAACGACGGUGUCACUGUAUCACUACGUCUACGAUUUGAAGCAACCAUAAUGCGAUCGACACGACGGGAGAACGGCGAAGACAGCGAUCGAGAUCUCGUCGAUGAACUUAUAGGGAAUGGCAGCGACGAUGCGACAACUCACAAGCCUGAUGGCAGCAACAACAUUCUCAACGAUAUCGUGCUUGACCGUGGCCCUACACCAACCAUGACUAGCAUCGAAGUCUUCGGAGACGACGAGCACUUCACGACAGUGCAAGCAGACGGCAUCUGUGUUGCAACGCCGACUGGCUCAACAGCAUACAACCUCGCAGCAGGCGGCAGUCUGUGCCACCCAGACAAUCCUGUCAUCCUCGUCACGGCAAUCGCACCUCACACGCUCAGCUUCAGACCCAUCAUCUUGCCUGAUACUAUCGUUCUAAGGAUUGGUGUACCUUAUGACGCCAGAGCGAGCUGCUGGGCAAGCUUCGAUGGUAAGGAGAGGUCAGAGCUACGACCAGGCGAUUAUGUCACAAUAUCCGCGAGCAGAUUUCCAUUCCCGAGUGUGUUGCCCCUGGAUCGAAGAAGUGAAGACUGGGUCGACAGCAUCUCCAGGACACUGAACUGGAACAAUAGGCAACGACAAAAAGCCUUCGAUGAUAAAAAGUAA